UUUUUGAACGUGUGAAGAAAUGAGAUGUUGCGAAGAGUGAAAGUAAAUCUGGACUACAGGUACACGUUUGAAACUGCCGCCGUGAGCAUCAUAAUGUUGCUUUCUCAGCGCCAUAACCAACGCUUAUUAGAAGCUUCCAGAAGUUCGCGAUAGCCAAUAUUUUUCGCUGCCCGAGUGUCACGCUACCAGUUGGUUUGUGAUAUCUGUGGACGAGUUUUGCUGUAGUGUUUUUACGCGAAAUAAGAUCCUCUAUUUUGUGUGAUAUCUGCCUGUCAGUCAUCUAAAAAUCAAGAAUGUCGACGAAAGCUGAAGAGGUAAAACUAGACAUCGAGGAGUUCAACAACCUGUUGGAGAAGGCUUGCAGGCAACGAACCAAGGAUGUGCUGACGCUGGAGAUCAGAAGGCUACAGACAGAAUUGGCGAAGUUGCUCGAGGAGAACAAGGACGCAUCUGUCAAGCCACCUGCUACAACCCCGAGUGCCACCCAAAAGUGUUACCAAGUAAAGCUGAAUAAUUACGGAUGGGAUCAGACAAAUACGAUGGUGAAGAUCUACAUCACGCUCAAGGACGUUCACCAGUUGUCCGGGGAGUCGAUCGUCUGCAACUUUGCCGACAAGUCCCUAGACCUAUGGGUGCUGGCCUUGGACAAUCGGAAUUACUACUUGCCGAUCAACAAUCUCUGCGCUGAGAUCGACACGGAGAAAAGUAGCCUGAAAGUAAAGACCGACAUGAUCGUAGUGUCGCUGGUGAAAAAAAUUCCUAAGGCCUGGUCGCACGUGACGUGGGUUGAAAAGAGGAUCAAGGAGGCAAAGACACUGUCUAUGCCAGACAUGAACGAGGAUAAUGAUCCCGGCGCCAGCCUGAUGAACCUGAUGAAGAAGAUGUACCAGGACGGCGAUGACGACAUGAAGAAGACAAUAGCUAAAGCGUGGACCAAGAACCAACAAAAAAACGCGGCCGGUCCGAUGGACAUAUAAUUUCCCGGAGUAGAGCUUUAGAUUUUUAUUUCUAAGUAUAAUGUGCAUUUCGUGUUCCUUUUGUACUUGUUAAAUAUAAAAUGUGCGUCGAAGUCGAUUCGUGAAUAAUUACGUGGAUAAACCGAAACGCGUACAUAUAAACGUUCUUAGACAACGGUAAUGUUCGCGUGUAUUUAUUUUUUGGUUGCAAAGCUCCAAACGGGACGGCUGCUGGAAAAAGUUCCUUCGUGCCCCGAACUAGACCGAAAAACGAUCGUAUUUGCGCGACCAAUAACAAUCUGUAUAAAUUCUCAUUUUUUAUUUGCCGAAGAUUCUUCUGUACAUUUGUUUCAUUUGUCGCAAUGUACCGUUGGAGAGAUCAGUAAUAAAGUAUACGGCAUACAUAACUAAAAUUGUAAUAUCUUUAUUACCUGCUCUUGUACAUUUCGCAAACUACGUUUUAAUUUACAUCGCAAUUGUUUAUUCGUUUCUCCUCUCGCGGUGGUCGAUAAUGUACAAAACAUUUUCUAGUAAACUCAAUCGGUUGUAAAAUUUCGCCUUUCACAAAUAAAGAGAGUUUACGUGACGUUCGAUAUAACAAUUCGUUGAAUCUCUCUUAUGUGAUUUUUCCUCUUUCGUUUUUUUUUUGCUUGUCGGUCAGCGAUUGCCGAACGUUCGUUUGAUCGGAUAUGACGGUUAAUCGAUAUUACACAACAAUCACAACGAAUACACAGCCCGAGUACAAAAUUCUUUGGAACGAGCUAGCUUCACCUCUUCCCUUCUGACUCUUCUGUUUCACUCUAUGACUAAUGCAAUCGAUACACUUGCAUUCAAGAAAUUACGAAUCUACAAUUUUGUUUCUUUCACUCGAAGUAAGACUGGAAUGACUUGCUGUACUAGAUCGUGUGACCAGCUGCUGCACUUUGCAAAUUGGCACUGACAUGACAGAUCUCCGGAGAAUGAUGUCGUGUUAGAUGAAUCUUCGUUUACAGACAUACAGAUGCGAUUUGCGACGAAUCACAGAUACAUCUUUCGCGAAACUAAGCAACACGUGUCGACAUCACAUUUAGAAUGAAACUUAUGCUACUCUGCACGACAGACGCUAAAAUCAUGUAAACCUCCGAGGAAACGAAAGGAUCCCCUCGAUUAUCCCCUUCCGGAUUGGAAAACUUUUGCGUAUACUUAAGAUCUCUAUUUAUCUCAUGCACGAAGUAUUACUCGAUUACGCUAGAGAUUGUAUAUUAACGCAGCGCCGAUACUCGGUUGAAAAUUGUGCGUUUUUAUUCAUCAGGAAGAUAACACUAAUGUCCUUUGAAGAAUAGUUCGAAUGGUUACAACGAUUGCACCUAGCGUGAUCGUGAAGAACUAACGCGUGUGUGAUCAGAAAGUCCGAUUAUCGCUUCUUCGUGGACUAUGUACUGCUUCUAUUCGAGUUUGUCAGUAAUGUAUUCCUUACGCGUGUGUGAAUAAGUUAUCCCGCCGAGAUAUCUUCCGUCAACAAGUAAUAAAUACCCGACAGACGCUAUGUCAGCUACAGCUGUAGUCGUCGGACUCGACGGUUUCGGUCGCGAUAGAAAAAUAUCCGCGGCAAAGCAUAUCUCACGAUAAUAACGAUAACACAUAAUAACGAAGAGAAGUGCAUCUUACAAGGUCUAAGGAUGGCACUUGACAGUUACGUACAUGUUUCCACAUAUUGAGCCAUUUAUCCUGAAAGUAACUCUUGUCUCGAAAUCGGAUCUCGAUCUUAAGAAUAAUCAACGAACUGUUUGUAUUUUCCCAAUGAGAAAGUCGCGCAUGUAACUUAAUUUAGAUGUCGAUUACACUGUGCGAGCCGUGAUAUUUCGAUAUCAACUAUGUAUAAUAGAGCAAGUGUUUAUCUCAUGCAUGCGUGCAAAUGCAAUCUUUAUGAGUCACUUGAUUUUAUAUUUCGUUUUCGAAUAAACUAUUUGCGCGAUUGAUAUCCUCAA